AUGUCAGGAAUUAAUCGACGCUUUAUUCCUCAAUGGUUUGAUGAGUUUGAUUGGUUGGAGUAUAGCAUAUCUAAAGAUGCGGCAUUUUGUCUCUAUUGCUAUCUCUUUAAAACAAAUUUUGAACAAGUGGUGAGCAAACACUCUGACCAAGCUCGUAAGGCUUAUCGCACUUGCUUGAAUGCAUCAAUCAAGUGCACUAAGUUUUUAUUGCGACAAGGUCUUGCUUUUCGUGGCCAUGAUGAAAGUGCUACGUCAAGCAAUAGAGGAAAUUACUUGGAGCUAUUGCAAUUCCUUGCAGAUAAUGAUGAUAAAGUUAGAGAAGUUGUGAUGGAAAAUGCUCCGGGGAAUCUCAAAUUACUAGUUCCUUGCAUUAAAAAAGAAAUUGUGAAUUCAUGUGCCCUUGAAACACUUGAUGCUAUCAUGGAUUGUCUAAAAGAUAGAUUCUUUUCAAUAUUGGUGGAUGAAGCACGUGAUGUGUCGGUGAAAGAGCAAAUGGCUAUGGUAUUGUGUUAUGUGGAUGACAAAGGGCAUGUAAUUGAAAGAUUUGUGGGUAUCCAACAUGUUACGGACACUACUUCAAGUUCACUAAAGGAUGCUAUUGACACAUUCUUUUCUCGCAACGGUUUGAGCCUUUCCAAGCUACGAGGAAAAGGUUAUGAUGGUGCUAGCAAUAUGAGAGCUUUUGAAAAUGAUUGCCUUAUAACGAGGAGAGGCUUAAAUCAAGAAACAAGUCUCAAACGUGCUGGUGACACACAAUGGAACUCACACUAUGGCACCUUGAUUAGCAUCAUUUCUAUGUUUUCAUCCGUGGUUCAUGUGCUUCAAAUGAUUAUUGAUGAUAAUCCCAAUGAAAGUGCGGGUGAAGCAAACAAGUUAAUGAGAGAAAUACGUACUUUUGAGUUUGUGUUUCAUUUUUUCUUGAUGAAAAUCAUAUUGGGACUCACAAAUGAUUUGUCACAAGCAUUGCAAAGGAAGGAUCAAGAAAUUGUGAAUGCAAUGGCUUUAGUGAAAUCAUGUAAGGAAAAGCUACAUUGGAUGAGGAAUAAUGGGUUCGAUGCAUUGGUUGAUGAAGUAUCUUCUUUUUGUUACAAACAUCAUAUUGAUGUUCAUAACAUGGAAGAUGCAUUUAUACUUCCAGGGAGGUCAAGGCGUAAUGCUCCAAUAAAGACAAAUCAUCAUCAUUAUCGUGUGGAGCUCUUUAUUUAUGUCAUUGAUGAGCAAAUUACGGAGUUGGAGGAUCGCUUUAAUGAGGUAAAUUCCGAGUUGCUUAAUUGUUUGGCAUGUUUGAGUCCGAAAGAUUCAUUUGUAGCUUUUGAUAAACCAAGGUUACUUCGUCUUGCUCAAUUUUAUCCUCAAGACUUUUCGGAUGAGGAUCGUUUGGUACUUGAAGAUCAACUUAAGAUUUAUAUUCAUUAUGUGCGUUCUAGUAGUGAUUUCUCUCAAUUGGAAGGGAUUGGUGAUCUUGCAAAACAAAUGGUGGAGACAAGGAUUUAUCAAGUAUUCAAUUAUGUGUAUUUGCUCAUCACAUUGUCUUUAGUUUUACCAGUUGCAACUGCUUCAGUGGAAAGGGCAUUUUCUGUCAUGAAUAUUGUUAAGGGUCCCACUUAUGAACAAAAUGGGAGAUCAAUGGUUGAGUGA